AGUGUGAGGACAGGCUAGAUGGGGGUUGAGGUCAGGGAGCCUCCGAGUCCGAGGCCGGGCCCUGACAGUCUUUCAUGCGUAUGCACAUCAGUUCUGUUGCCAAAUCGCAUUCCACCCAUGGAAAUGAAGUGGAUUUGGCAAGUCAAAUGGGGAGGGAAACGAGCGACUGUGGUCCUCGAUCGUAGACAUGAUAGUGCCUGAACGUAUGAUGAGUCCAGCAAAGCGGAUAACAACUAUCGACAGCAAAAUCAAGCUCAUUGCCUCCCGGGGCCGAGAUCGUCUGGCUUCAUUGGCAAGGUCCAAAAUGGGUGCCAUCCAUCAACAGGAAGCCCUUACGACUGAUCUCCUUGAAACACUAAAGGAGAAUAGGGGAUUUACACCUCAAUUCCUUCAAUCCCAGUGGGAGGCACAAAAGACUCUGCAACUAUCCGCUCGAGCCUACAAUGACCAAGCUGGAAUGAAAAAGUUUGCCAAAUUGUUGGAAGCUGAACGGUCGGCUCAGGCGCAUUCGGAUGCCUUGGAUGCUGUAAAGAAGGAGCUGGACCGUAUCUCCCUGGCGCGAACGAUGUCUCACAGGCCUAUGGAUCUGAAGGAGCAUUAUCAAGCUGCUCUGCAUGUACGAUCAUUGCACGAUGAAUCCCAGGCACGCUUGCACGAACUGACAGCCCAAAUUGGUUUAUCCGAUUUGAAACUUCCGCAAAACCCAUCUGACAAAGAAAAAGAAUACAUCGAGAAGUAUAUUCUGGCUCGGUUCUGCAAGCAUUCUAUUCUUAUCCGCCUAGCUAAGUAUCAGGAUGAGAUGAACCCUAUUCGCAGCUCACAACGGUGUGGAGGACGACUAGUUACAAAAGUCGGAUACACAAAAAUGGUCUCGGUGCUCAGUAGCGCAAACAAGCGUGCCCGGAUCAUUUCUACGCAAGUCCGCCAAUAUAACGAGCUUGUUGACUACCUCGAGUGUUCCGAGAGACCGCCCUGGCUCCCAGAUUCUCUAAGCCACACAAAAAUGAAUGUCAAGGAGUUGCUUCAGAUGGAUCCCAGUGAUGAACGAUGGGCAAAGAUGUGGGAGACCUUAUGGAACUCCAACUGGUCCUUGGACGAAAAACCGCCUGCCUUUGUCAUUGAUCAGGAAGUUCGCCAUGGCAUAGUAGCAGUGCUAUCGCUCGCUCGCAUAAAGGAAGAAAAGCUCAGGCUCGCUCGAGAGGAACUCAAUGCACACACUUGGAUUGUUGAAUCGUUCGACUCAUUGGUCCAGAUCGUAGACAGUAUUCAUUCACUAUUCAAGUAUCGAUUACGGCUGCGCCUCAAGUCAUUGCUCAAAUGCCGUGACUCGAUCAUAAAUGGAUCAACUCCCAAUGUCAAUCUCUGGCGUGCACCAAUACGUCAUCUACUCGAAAACCUAGAACGACCAGACCCCACCGCUGCGCCAAGUUACAUAGACUAUACCUCCUUCCACCUUCCCCUCCCUUAUUCCUCCACCUUGCCUUCAGGAAACAACAGCAUAGAUCCUGACGAUGACGUUGAGGUCAGGAACGAGCUGAGCGUACUUGAUGGACUUAUUAGAAUGAGCCCGGAGUCAGAUUUAGGUGGUGCUGAGGACAUCGAGCCCCCUAUCGACAGUGCCAGUGGCUCAGAUGACCUCGAUGUGCCUGGAGAUAUCUCAGACGAUGAGUCUGAGGCACCACUGGAUGAGCCCACUGAGAGUGCUGAAACAGAUGGUGGGCUCCAUGCCAAACCAGUUUCCCCUGAGGGGCUUUGGUCAGCAGGUCUGGACAAUUCCAACGAUGAGCAGAGCAUCGAGGAAAAGUUCUGGAAUGAGAACCCUCGUCCUCAAUCCCUUCCUCCGAUUACAACGAUCAUCGAUGCCAUUCGUUCACCUGGCCAAUCUGUUCAAGAACAAAUGCCAAAAAAGAUUUGGAAGGAAAUUAUGGAGCUGCAUUUGCCUCGAGAAACUGAAAGAAUAGCGAACGACGGCCAAAUGAGGUAUUAUAAACAUAUCUCAAUCUUCUGUGAUGCAUUGCCAACGGUCAAUCGCCUGCGGCGGAUACAUGGGACAAUAAUCGAUACCUAUAUCGAGAUGUUGAAAGAUCUUACCGACAAAAACCUGCGGGAUGUGCUCAGGACCACUCGACCCCGUGUGAUCAUGUUUCCUACCCAGUGUGAAGGAAUGAGACAUCAUUUGGCAGUUCGCCUAUUAGACCAAGAAACGAAAAACGUGCGAACCGAUCUUUUUGAAGUAACCUCCUGGACGAUCCCAUGCUACUCACGGAAGCGGUCUCACUGGCUCCUUGGCGUUGUGAACUUCGAAAAACGAGAGCUCCGCUAUCUGGAUAGCAUACCUCUCCCUGAAACCUUCGACAUAAGUCAUCAUGGCCCACAGUGGGUUUUUGCAAUACUUGGGCAACUGGUUGAUGCCAUCUGGUCGUUCGUUCACCCUACCCGUGUAUUCGAUUGGUCUAAUUGGGGAUCCAGAGUAGUCACCAAACUCGCCAGUGGAACGGACACGACUGUGGCGUUUGGACUAUGGCUGACAUUCAGGCCGUGCAUAUCGGGCUCGAUGCCGCUCCCAACGGUACAAAUGUCGAUCACUUUCGAAACAGGGUGAGGCACCAGAUCCUUUCCCUUCCCGUUUCAAAUCCACGCUGGCAGCCCACGUGGAAAACCUUGGACGCAAGUCUCCUUCAUGAACUGCGGUUGCAAGCUGCUAU